UAUAUAGGUGUGAGACCCUCUUCUCCAUUCUUCACUUCACUCCUACGUGAAAACCUGCAACUUAAUUUCCUCAUAUUUUCUUUAACUUCUCUUAGAUUAGACUUAGGGUUUCAAAGUUAGAACGAGAGAGAAGAGAAAAGUGUGUGUGAGAGAGAGAGAUGAUGCAGACUCCGUACAAUACUUCAACGCAGGGGCAAUAUUGCCAUUCUUGUGGAAUGUUCCACCACCAUAAUCAAAGCUGCUGCUACAACAACAACAACAACAACUCAAACUCAAACGCCGGCUCUUACUCGAUGGCGUUCUCCAUGCAAAACGGCAGCGUUUUCGAACAGAACGGCGAGGGUUAUCACUCCUCCUCCGUCGUUGACUGCACUCUCUCUCUUGGAACUCCUUCUACGCGGCUUUGCGAGGAGGACGAGAAACGCAGACGCUCUACUUCCUCUGGUGCUUCCUCUUGCAUCUCCAACUUCUGGGACUUGCUCCACACCAGAAACAACAACAGCUCCAAAACGUCGCCGUAUAGUAACGUUCCUUCUUUCUCCACUGCUAAUCCUAUCAAGCCAACACGCGGUUGCUCCGGCGGUAACGGCAGUGGCAGUGGCGGAGGCGACUCUCUCCUCGCCAGACGCUGUGCCAACUGUGACACCACGUCUACUCCACUAUGGAGGAAUGGUCCUAGAGGCCCUAAGUCCCUAUGCAACGCAUGCGGCAUUCGUUUCAAGAAGGAAGAGAGAAGAACCACAGCGGCUUCAGGCAACGCCGUCGUCGGAGCUCCACCGGUAACAACCGAUCAGUUCGGUCAUCACAAUGCUGGCUACAAUAAUUACAAUAUUGCCAACGGAAAUAAUAGUAAUGGUACUUCGUGGGCUCAUCACACGACGCAGAGGGUUCCGUGCAAUUAUCCGGCAAACGAGAUCAGGUUCAUGGACGAUUACGGAGGCGUUGGAGCUAACAACUGUGACUCCGACGGUUCUCACGGAGGCGUUCCGUUUCUUUCGUGGAGGCUGAAUGUGGCGGAUAGGGCAAGUCUUGUCCAUGACUUUACCAGAUGAAAAAAGAAAAAGAAAUUGACGUUAGAUUCUUAAAAGUUUCCAUGUGUUUUAAUUAUUUUAUUAUGUCUAAUUAAAAAAAAAAAAGAAGAAGAAAAUGUUUCAAAAAAAAAAAAUAGAAGUGUAUAUCGAGAGACGAUGUUGAUGGUAUUUGAUAGCGACGGUCUAACUUAUGGUUUAUCUAUAAAGUACCGUUCUGGUCAAAUUUUAAAUCAUUUUUCUAUUUCUAAUUGAA